AUGGUCUUACUGACAGUGAGAGCUUUAUUUGAUACAGUCGACAGACAUACUGGACAGUUUUUCAAGCAUCAUUUCCUGUCUAAUAAUGGCAUAUCAAACUAUUUGACCCAUGAAGAAAAUAAAACUAUCAUCUUGGACCCUAAAGCUAAAUGGGAGGUCCACACUGAGAGAUUGUGGAAAUUUGCCUCAAGGAAGGUGACGACAACAACACUUUUCGCCAUCCCUCUUGCGGCUGAAGAAGGUAAAAAUUAUGACGCAGUUCUCAUCAUGAGCAACUUGAGCAACUCAGACUGGGUUUGUUAUUGUGAUAUACCGAAACAUCAAGAGAAAUGCACAACCUGUACGAGUUUGUCUCAUCGUUCCAGGCUUCUCCCUCCACUCAACUCAAAUAGCAAGUACGUGCAGGUGAUGCACCAGGACAUUCCGCUGACAAAUGAUACACACAUUAUUAUUAUCAUUCCUCCAGGGGAGAAGAUGGUCAGCAUCUCCGUGGACCACUACAACAGCAAUUUACGUCACUUGAUCUACCAUAUGCCUAACACAUAUGACACUAUCAUCUCGUACCCAAUCUCUGUCACAGAUGGUGCGGCCAUGCUGAAGAUAUCAAAUGGUUCCACAUUUUAUAGCCUCCACCUUGCAGGGCUGUCUUUGCCAACAAAUGCUUACACUGCUGUUGUUAUGCCUCAGGGUUGCAGGAAACAUAAUGCAGAAAUGUAUGAGGGCAAUGUACUGCGCCUGCACAUCCCAUGGAGUCAUGCAGACACCUAUACAUAUUCUGACUUUGGCAAGGAAGCUAGCAUUCCAGUCAAACUACAGGCAGGGAGGCCAGCAGAGUAUGACUGGAGACUAGAUGCAUCUGAGCCACAUCUGGAGAUGUUCCUGCAUCCUUACUGCCACUACCAGCUCAGGCUUUUCGUGGCAACACAGGAUAGCCUGGGACAGGCUGUUCGCUUCUAUGGCAUCCAGUUUCCAGGCUACUAUGUUGCCGUCUUGUUAAUGACACUCAGCGGAGUCAUCAUUGCCCAGAGCAAAGGACAAGUUUCCAUUGUCAUGGUGCUGAGAUUCAUCAUCAGGUUUGGUCCCGUCACAAACUUGCUCACCAAGCUUGGCAUCCCUAGAGAUGAUGCUACAGCCCUCACAGAAGAGGGAAUAAACUUUACCAUUCUGCCGCUGCUCAUGUACUUGUGUGCCUGGUUUGUGGCCUAUCUGCAAGCACUGCUAGCUUUUGGUCUCCUCAGUAUGCUCAGCUAUUUUGGACGCUUGUUUGUUUGUGUGCAGUUGGUGGACUGGCUGUAUUGCUCGACUUUCAUGUGUGGCACAGUUGGUAUUAUGUGCAUAUCUUCAUUGCUGAUAUGUAAGACAUUACAUCUACUGUACGUGAUUGGACGUAAACUAGAUUCUAAGGACACUCAUCGCAGAUUGACGUUAAUUUUCCCUAUCGUGCUGUUGGUCAACUCACAGAUCCUGCUUAGUUUUGGCCCAUUUGUAAUAUGGGUGAAAAAUGGUGCUUAUACAGGCAACUGGUUUCAGCAGUUGAGCCCUGACCCUAGUCGUCUUCCUGCUCUAGUAUGCUGUGUGUGUGUGUGUCUGUUGCUGUAUGCUGAUGAUAUUAUCCCAACACAAGUACAAGGUGCAGUAUCUGGCUGGUUAAUCCGUCUCCUGGCUGUUGUAACUGUUUUGUAUUCCAUGGAAUCUGUGUAUCGACUUCCAACAUUUACAGCAUUGACAUCACUGAUCACUGCAGCACCCACAGUACUUGGGCUUGUGUCUCAGCUGAUGAACACUGACAGAAGGAAGAAAGAAUAG